AUGCCACCAAGUGUCACGGAACGCAGUCCCGGUAGUAUCCAUCCAGGAAUGAACAUGGGCCAGACGUGCGCGAAUGGCUUGCUGGCAUCAUCGAAAAUCAACAAUCCCUGGAAUUGUUUGCGAUAUGGCGCAUUACGAUGGCAUGGCCUCUCGGGUUCGACAGGUGAUUUCAUGCUCUGGCGUUGGCAUAACUCGCCGUACAGCAUGAUACCAAGCGGGGCAAAUGCGCCUGCAGCUGACUGCGAGGUGGACCGGUUCGUCCCAAAGGAAUUCACAGAUGCGCUCGAUCAGCUCUUGAGGGAAUCGUGGACCUGUAUCCCUGAGGAAACGGAGAGUCAUAAGUCACGUAUCCACCCCGAUCGCUCAGGACUUCCGACUCGGAGCCCACAGCUGUUGGACGUAUCCUCGGUGAUCGCCACGGAGUGUCUCAAGCCCCUUUCGCCGGAAUGUCGCGCUAUCGAGCAGACCGACAUCCGCCCGUCGCAUAGAGUUCCCUGGUUGCAUGCCAUCCUUUUGAUAACGGGCGCUCCCGUGCCGCCCGCCCCUCUCUGUACUGUUUUUUCGUGUGGGUUUGGUGUGGGUAACCGUGAACCUAAAAGCACAGCUGCUUCUCAGCAGCACGACAUGAGUUCAAUCACGGCGGCUGCGAUGGACGAUCCAGUGAACAACAUCGAAAACGCGAGGUGUCAGAUUGUUGAUACAGACAGCAUCCCUGACAAGCUGACGGGCGAGGAUCCCGGGAAGGAAGACGUCGCGCGGGGAGACGAAGCUCUGCUAAGACUAGCGCCCCAGUUGGGAUCGACCGGUGUGGAGAUGGUCGCGUUGGAGGGUCGUGGAAAGCGUGGAGGACUGAAGCGGCGCAGGCGAGAGGAUUGAGCCAUGUCCGGAAGAGGCGCGCCAACAGUAGUGUCCUGUAUGCGACCACGACGUCUAGGAGGGUCUGGUGUGACCAGACGAGCUGCUUGCUUGGAGUACUUACCAGGGCCUCAUUCCGCGUCCCACGGCGCCAACCGAACCGUAGCUAUCGAGAUACAACGGCUCGAGACUAGACAGGGCACCCACCGGCGAUGAGGCGGAGGACGUCUGCGUGAUGAAAGUGGCAUUGACAGAGGGACUAGCGAGUGGCGGGUAAAAAGUAUGUGAGGAGCACGGAGUGCGGCGCCCUCGGACUCGCGUGUGUCGCCGAGUCGAGCGGCACAAACGGGAGGUGCAUCAGCGCGG